UGUGCGUGCGUGUGCAGUGUGCGUGUGCGUGUGCGUGCCUUUCCCGGGUGACGCCUUCAGGUGGGUUGCCCUCCUCACGCUCUCCUCUGUGGUGCCGUGGAUGUCUCACUGGGCCGUGUGGACCGUGUGGAGCGUGUAGGAGGGCAAAGAGCCACCCGCCUGUGGUGACACAUAGGGACUAGAACACAUUCCAACCAAAGUCCAAGACAAACACCGGCCACGCUGACCGCAAAGCCUCCCACCCUCGGGACUGCCUGGAACCCCUGCCCCGGGUGUGGGCACAGCACGGAACCACCCUCUCCAGGGGCACCUUCGACCUGCUCUCCGCAUGACGACCACGCCCCGCGGGGCCUGCUGAGAAGGGCCCUGCCCCGUGUGGCUGGGAGUGACAGAUCGCAGGGCCAGUGCACUCUGGGCCUGGAGCUGCCUCCUCCAGGCUGGGCGGUCCCUCCCGUUCAUGGCCCAGAAGACUUCGAGGAUGAGGACGGGGACAGCUACCUGCCCUGGGGGCAGCACAGGGCCUAGCUGUGCUUAGGCGGGUUCAAGGGAGCAGUGGAUGGCAAGAUCGAGGGACCCCUGAGGCCUGCCACCGUCCGACCAGCUGUGCUGACCGCUCCUGGCGCCCCGGCCCUAUCCCCGAGAUGCUCAGGCCCCUCCUGCUCCUGGUUGCUGCCCUGAGUGCUCUGGAAGGAAGAGCCUGGGCCCUCCCUCGGGGCGCCAAGGACUCGGAAGCAGCUUGGGAGCUGGGAGCACUGAGAGACACCGGAGCCGGUUCUCGCCCACGAGGCUGGGACAGCCCUGCCUGCACGGAGGGCGUGGUUUCCGUGCUCCAGGGUGAGCGUGCCGUGAUGAGCUGCAACCUCUCGAACCCCUUCACCCACGUCAUCAUCUGGCAUGCCCAUGGCGAGGACAGGGUCCUCUUCAACGUGACGGCCCCCGGACACUUCCCUUGGCGUGGCUGGCAGCCCUGGGCUCGGGGAGGCGUGGCCCAGCUGGUGGUCGCCGCCGCCCAGGUCGAGCACGCGGGGCGGUACAUGUGGCACCUCGUGGGGAUGCAGAGGAACAACGGACAGACCACUCUGGCAGUGACAGCAUCUCCCUACAGAGCCCCAAGACCCAGAGACCGGAGGGGAAAGGGAGCUGCUCGGCUCUGCCCUCACUCUCCUGGCAGAGGCCCAGCCGCAGACCCGGUCCGUGGUGGGGGCCGCCGUCCCCUCUCUCCUCGUCCUGGUCAUCUGUGCCCUUGCCUGGUGGAUGCUCCGUCAGGCCUAGAAGCCCAUGCCGGUCAGAGUCCCUGCACCCAGGCCGGCUGGACGGGUGGGGACCUGGGGUGCCUUGGCCUCCCUCUGCCCCCAAACACACCCCUCCCUGGGGCUGGGGAGGUUGGGGCGGUGCAGGGCCCACCCAAGCCAACCCCACACCACUCUGGCCAGGUAUGGGCCUGGACUGCCGCCUUCUCUAGACACCGAAGAGACACCCUCAGGGCCAGAGCCUGUUUUCCAGCAGAAGGGGCUCUUCGAGGACACGGGUUCUGCUCCUGCUGGCCUGGAGCACAGCAGGGACGGGAGAUGGGGCCAGGCACAGGACUGGGCGCACCCCACCCUCCAGACGCAGAGGCUCUGAGCCCAGCAGGGGGCGCACUGCGGCCAGGGAGGUUGGCCAGGCAGCCUCCGACUCCCUCCCGUAGGGCCCCGUCCUUCCGGCCUCAGCCCUGCGGCUGUGUUUCUCUGUUGCUGGGAACAAUUGUCCCCUUGGCACUGGAGGGCGAAAGGACCACAUUAAACACCUUAUAGAGUCUUCAUAACGUGAAUCCUCAAAAUAAAUAAAAUCAAUCAAAAAACCA